AAAAUCAAAAUUUUGUUCAAGAACAUAAAUCCCAGUUUCAAUUUCCUUCUCUCACGGAUUAUUUUUUAAAUUAAUUUCCAUUUAAAUAAGCACUUGCUUAUCCAAAUCUCAUAAUUAAGUGUCCAAAAAUCUACAGACAAAUUCCCAAUCCGAAAAACCUACAAGAAACCACGUAAUAUUAUCAAAAUUAUUGCAAUCUAGUGCAUACAAAUUAAUAUUGAUAGGUACUUGGAUUGAUUUCGUAGUUCCAAAAGUGCCUUGCUCUUUGGUUCUUUGUUUAUUGGUUAAAGGAUCUUAUCGGAUUCAGUGUUUCUGCUUCUGUUUUUAUUGACAAAAUAAAUAAUAUAUAUUUGGAAAUACCUACACAUGAACCGAUUUUCCAAAUCGAAACAAGCAAAUCUGAGUUAUUUUAAGAUUAAAAAAUACAAUUUUCAUAAAAAAUAUUUGGCACUCUUUUAACAAACGCAACCGCUACCGCCACUGCCGCUGCUGCUCUCUGUUUGGGUUUCUGUUUUUGUGUUGCACUAAAGACUAAACAAAGAAAACGAAGAAAAGAACAAAAACCACUUGGAAAAACAGAGUAAUUAAAAAAAGAAAAAAGACCAUCGCAAACGCCAUCACCAUCACCACUCGUCCAAUCUCCAAUACCUGAACAUUUGUGUGGUGCGCCGCAGCCGCUUGCUAACACAAAAACAAAUUAACAUUAUUUAUAUCGCAAUCACUGCUUAGCGAAAGCGAACACGUCGUCGGGUCGUUGUUGCUCAGGUCGUUCGAGUCGUUCGGUUGAAAAAUAGUGCAAAGUACAAGAUUGUUUUUUCUAAAAAUUGUCGUUUUUGUUUCUUUUUUGGGUUUGGGGUUUGUUUUGAAUAAAAACAUUCAUCAUGAAAAUCACUGUUACUACUUUGAGCGAUGAGAUUUUUGUUCUCGAUGUGUCGGAAGAUUUGGAGCUGGAGAACUUCAAAGCGUUUUGUGAAGUUGAAUCCCGGGUCCCGGGGCCGCAGAUUCGUGUGCUAUUUAACGGGCAACCGUUGAUGGAUGAUAAGAAGUCUCUGAAGGCGUAUGGCAUGAGUGACGGUGAUUGUGUUGUGAUCCAACGUAUAACUUCGAACAGGAGUGCUCCGUCUGGGCCAUCUGGAGGAGGGCGUGUUUUAGGCACAGGUGCUCUCUCGCCGUUGAGUUCAUUGGAUUUUAGUAGUAUACACAUUCCUGGCACAUCAUCGAAUGUCCAGCCAAAAGAAGUAACAGUUGGCGAAGAUGAAGAUCCCGCAAGUGUGAGACAAAUGUUUCUAACAAGUCCGGAACAUUUGUCAUUGUUGAAGCAAAACAACCCACGUCUUGCUGAUGCUUUGCUAUCGGGUAACUUGGAUGCAUUUGCCAAAGUUCUGCGAGAACAAAUCGAAGAGAAGAAGGAAAGAGAAAUGCAACGCUUGAGAAUGCUGCAAGCUGACCCCUUCGAUACCGAAGCACAACGCAUGAUUGCCGAGGAGAUCAAACAGAAGAAUAUACAAGAUAAUAUGGCUGCAGCUAUUGAGUAUAACCCUGAGAUUUUUGGCACAGUAACAAUGUUAUAUAUCAACUGCAAAGUGAAUGGUGUACCAGUUAAAGCAUUCAUUGAUUCGGGGGCUCAGACGACGAUCAUGAGUGCUUCUUGUGCAGAGAAGUGUCAUAUAAAUCGAUUAAUAGAUACCAGAUGGAAUGGAAUUGCAAAAGGUGUGGGCACGCAGCGCAUUAUUGGACGCAUUCACAUGGUUCAAAUGCAAAUAGAGAAUGAUCAUUUGACGUCGAGUUUCUCUGUGUUGGAACAGCAACCAAUGGACAUGCUAUUGGGGUUGGACAUGUUGAAACGACACCAGAUGAAUAUCGAUCUGCAAAGAAACGUGUUACGCAUAGGAACCACCGGAACAGAAACCCAUUUCUUGCCUGAAAAUGAGCUACCCGAUUGCGCUCGACUUUCGGGUGGUUCUGAAGAUAUGAUUGUUGUAGAAGAAUCUAAACAAAGUGCAGAAGAUGAUGCAAUUCGCAAAGCAAUCGAGGCCAGUAAAAUGGACACAGAUUCACCAACUACAUCUCAAUCUACAAAGCCGAAAAGUAAUGACGAAAAAUUUACUGAAGCUGAUGUAAAUGAUCUAGUGAAAUUAGGUUUUAAACGUGAUGAUGUCGUAGCUGAACUCCGCAAACAAAAUGGCAAUAAAACACAAGCCACUGCAGCGUUGAUUGCUAAAUCAUUAAAAUUUUAAGACAAAUAAAUAUGUACAUCAAUAUUAGAUUUAAAAAUUACAGCGAAUUCAUAAAAGUGUAUUCACCAAUAAUAACAUUUAUAAACAAACGAAGCCUAUCAUCUAAAAUCUACCUCAGGCUCGAGCAUUUACAAACAAACAAAAAAUUCGACAUAUACAAGAACGUUAAGAUAACAUGCCUUGAAAUGGAGUAAAAAUGGAUUGUAGGACACGAAAACGCAAAAAUGGACUUUAAUUACAUUUAUUUACAUAAUUUCUUUUGAAUUUUUAAAAUAAAAUUAACAGCAAUAAGUUAAUGCAAACAUAUAGUAUGAAAAAAGAAAGAGAGAAA